AUGAUGGUCCUCAAACUCACUGUGCUGGUGGUGGAGGAGGUGGAGGUGGCGGCGGAGGAGGGGGUGGGGGUGGAGAUGGAGGUGAGGGGGGUGGUGGAGAUGGCUGUGAAGGAACAGGUGAAGGGGGAGGUGGAGGUGAGGGGGGUGGUGGAGAUGGCUGUGAAGGAACAGGUGAAGGGGGAGGUGGAGGUGAGGGGGGUGGUGGAGAUGGCUGUGAAGGAACAGGUGAAGGGGGAGGUGGAGGUGAGGGGGGUGGUGGAGAUAAUUGUGAAGGGACAGGUGAAGGGGGAGGAGGAGGAGCGAGGUGGUGGUGGUGAUGGAGUGGCACAAUGUUUUGGAGCAGGUGCAGGGACUGGAGCAGGGCCUGGUGCCGGCACAGGUGCAGGGCUGGGAGCAGGGACGGGGGCAGGGCUGAGUGCAGGUCCGGGAGCAGGCACGGGGGCAGGGCUGGGAGCAGGCACGGGGGUGGGGCUGGGAGCAGGCACGGGCGCAGGGCUGGGGGCAGGCACGGGCGCAGGGCUGGGGACAGGCACGGGCGCAGGGCUGGGGACAGGCACGGGCGCAGGGCUGGGGGCAGGCACGGGCGCAGGGCUGGGGGCAGGCACGGGGGCAGGGCUGGGUGCAGGCACGGGGGCAGGACUGGGAGCAGGCACGGGGGCAGGGCUGGGAGCAGGCACAGGGGCAGGAGUGGGUGCUGACUCUGGUGCCUGA